ACCGCACCGAACCGGGUACACUUUACAACUCUUACGAAUAUCAUUUAUCUACACUCUGUAGUAAUUAACAAAACAUCCGAUUAACUCUCCUCAUGUUUCGCCGACAUUUUCUUCCUUUGCUUGUCUGUGGACUUUUAGUGUGUCUAAGUAAUAGUUCAUCGUCGGCAGACAGAAACUAUAAGAUAUGGGAAACUGCAAAAAACAAAAUUGGUUCUACAAAGUGGAGUGUCCAAAAUGACUGGAGAGGCAAAAGCGGUUACGUGAACAGGUGGAAGUGCAAUCUUUUCGUUUAUGACGUCCUUCUGAAAGCCAAAGCAGAGGUACCAUCUAGAAGACCUUGGGGACACUAUCCCAUUGGUGCCAACGCGUGGGCUAACCCUAGGUCUUGGUAUGUCAGAUGGACUGGGUGCUACAGAAGAGUGUCGGACAAUAGGAAACGAAAAGGUGACGUCAUAGCAUUUCAAAGACGUGGUGCUAGUGGACACAUGGGGAUAGUUUCUACCUAUGGCUUUUACAUCAGUGCUGGCAAACACACGGUUACAGAAACGUCCAUCAAGGGGUUUCUGCGAGGAAACAAGAUAGUGCAGACAACCAUCUGGAGAUAUACUUGCUAAAUGCCUUCCUUUCGCUGCCUCGAUUGGUGUCUAUGAAUAAAAAUAAACAACGUAGAAAAACGCAAAUAUUUUUGUUGGAUAAUUUCAUGGAUAUUUUUCUGUGAAAUGUCAUACAUGGAUAUAUGACAUGUCUUUCAAUAUAACACAAGCUGGGUAUUAGCACUCGGGCCCUUCACCAGAAGUUCUUUUAUAAGUGGAAUAAAUUACAUUGGUGAUAACCCAAAACUUCGAAUAAAAUUCAGUAUCUGAACCUACCUUUUUCAAUUACCAUUUAAUACUCAGUCAAAUCAGUACAAGAACCCAUAAUUUCGCAUUUAUUAAAAAUUAAUACUUCUAUGUGUGAUACAGUUUUUUUUAUAUUUUCCUACUCAGAACAUUGCUAGGGGAAAAUUCUCGUAUAUUACGUCAAAAUUAACGUCAAAGCUGGUGACGUCGUCAGUUUGAUAUAGGGUUUUUCCGUUGAAUAUCUGCUAUGGUAGAUAAAGAAUAACAAUGGUCAUAUUCAUGAAUGGCACAUUCUCAAAUACCAGAUUUAGUAUUUUGGUGAAUUUUCUUGACAGGGCAGAUUUUAGUUAAAACCAUGCUUAUUAAUUAACCCUAACCCACUUUUUAAUAAUUUUUUUAUGUGAAGGGACAUAGUAUAGAUAUCACUAAAGGUUUUUGACUCAUUUUGUUUUAGUCAAUGCAAUAAUAAUUUUUCGCCGCGUUGUUUACCUAUCUAAAAGCGUAAACUUGUUAAAAAAAUAUUUUACACCCUGUAGCUAAUCAUUAUGAAACAGCCAAUUAAAAUUUAUCAUCGUGCAAUUUUUAAAACUGCAUAUUAUGAUAUCGUGACUAGCACAUGUUUUGUGUACACGUCCUUUGUCACUUGAUUUUGUCAGAUUUCUGCAUGUUGCACGUUUUUCAUAGGUCUGGGAAUAUGCGAUAACUUUUGAGGUUUAACUUUCCUUUUGCAGUAAAAGACUGAUGUACUGACCCAUCUAAAUGCGGCGAAAUUUUAGAGGGUUAUGUCUGAAUUCUUCAUUUAGUACCAAUUAAAUUACUGGCUUUGA